GGCUGUCCACCCGCCCAGGCUGAGACAUCGCGUCCUCAUCCUGGAUGCCCCACGGGCUUCUCGUCCCGGGCAGCCGCGCACGGGAGGAGGACACUGCCGCUCUGCAGGUAUUUGAAAAGAAAAUGCUGCUCAUGAGGAUGCUGAGGCGAGUGGGGCAGGGCCCAGCCUGUGGCUGUUGGACGCCGGUCCUGCCGGUCCACUUUCUGGGCAUCUCUUCUCGGCAAAUUCCAGCAGAUGCUAGCUUCCACUCUGCGUCUUUCUCUGACACAGACCAUCCACGAGUCUUAAUUACAGCCUGGUGGAGAUCAUUGCAUUUCCAAGUGCUGCACCAUGUUCCUGGGAAGAUUGCAAGUGGUCUUGGCCAGCUGGGAGUGGGGCUUGCUAAUCUUUUGAGGAAACAAUUUGGAAAGGACAGUGUGAUUUUGUCUGACAUAAGGAAACCCCCCAAUCAUGUCUUUCACAGUGGUCCGUUCAUUUAUUCUGAUAUCUUGGAUUACAAGAAUCUUCGGGAGAUCGUGGUAAACAACCGCAUCACCUGGCUGUUUCAUUACAGCGCUUUGCUCAGCGCCAUUGGAGAAGCAAAUGUUUCCCUGGCGAGAGCAGUGAAUAUAACUGGCCUGCAUAACAUCCUGGAUGUCGCUGCGGAACACAAUCUGCGAUUGUUUGUGCCUAGCACGAUUGGGGCUUUUGGACCCACCUCUCCCCGGAACCCGACCCCCGAUCUCUGUAUUCAGAGACCCAGGACCAUCUACGGGGUGUCCAAGGUCCAUGCGGAGCUCAUGGGAGAAUAUUAUCAUUACCGGUAUGGGUUAGAUUUCCGAUGCCUGAGAUAUCCUGGAAUCAUUUCAGCUGACUCCCAGCCUGGAGGAGGAACAACUGACUAUGCAGUCCAGAUUUUCCAUGAUGCCACAAAGCAUGGUAAAUUCGAGUGCAACCUGGAAGCCCGCACGAGGCUGCCGAUGAUGUACAUUGAUGACUGCCUCAGGGCCACCCUGGAGGUCAUGGAGGCCCCAGCUGAGUCCCUUUCCAUGAGGACCUACAAUGUCAGCGCCAUGAGCUUCACACCUGAGGAGCUGGCCCAGGAGGUCCUCAAGCACGUGCCAGAAUUCCAGAUCACAUACAACGUGGAUGCCGUUCGGCAGGCCAUAGCGGAUAGUUGGCCAAUGAACUUUGAUGACAGCAAUGCUCGGAAGGACUGGGGGUGGAAACAUGAUUUUGAUCUUCCAGAGUUGGUGACUGCCAUGUUGAACUUCCAUGGUUCUGAAACCAGAGUUGCCCAAGGCAACUGAAAGAAUCUGGAAGAGGAGCUCCUGUGUCCUGGUCCACUGUCAAAGGAGAACUGUCACAACUCCAAGGUUAUAGACUCCAAGGAGCCUACAUUAUUUGGAACUGACCAACUGGACUAAAUUUUGGCAGCUCAUAUUGAACUGCUAGACAAAGAAUGGAGUUAACAUUUAAGCAUUUUGAGAAUGUUGUAGGUAUGGCAGUGGGACUUCUCAGUUUUUGCUGUUUGCCUGAACUUGUCUAAACACAUUCCACAGAAUAAGGCUUAAGUCAUCAUUAGUUUCCAUUUCCUUAAUUGGGAUGAAGUGACCAUUUCUGGGAAGGUGGGAGUAUGUGACAUUUGUAUUUAAUUAAAUUCAAUUUAAAUAUUCCUCCUAAGACUCGAUUAUUCUCUUGACUGGAGACCAAAGAUUACAUUUUAAGGACUUUCAAAGAGGGACUCCUUAUUUAAAAGUAUUCUUUACUAUCCCAGCAGAACGUAAAACAUGUUUGGUGUAUUCAUCCCAUGUCCAUCACAUUCAAGAUAUUUUGACACUGCUUCAAAAUUUGUAAUUUCUAGUUUUUCUGUAAGAUGCUAGAUCUGUGGGAAAUUAAGAAUUUAAAAAUGAUAUAACUGGCAAAGUGUAGCCCCUCUCUUAUUUUGAUUGCCCUCCUGUUAGUGAGCUAAGUGUAAUUCCCAGGAACAUAAUUCCCUGACCUGGCAACGUCACCAUCUAGGGAGAUUGUCUAAUACACAGGUUUCUGGGCUACACCCCUUUAGAUUCACUCAUUAAAUGCCAGGUGACACUGGUUGUUUGAAUCUAGCUGAGGCCCACUAGUCACACCAGUUUAGACCAAUGCAGUUUUCUAAAGAGCACUUUCUUGUUGCAUCUUUUUUUUUUUUUUUUAGAUGUUCCUGGGUUGAGCUUUUAGAAGGGCUACUCUAAACCCUCUGAUGCAAUUACCAUAUAGAUACAUACAGGUUAACUUUUUAAGUUGAAAUUAGACCAAAUCACCAAUUUGUGAUUAUAUUUUAUGGUAAGGGCAUGAGUGUGUUCAGAAAAUGCUUUCAAUCCGAUCACUUAAAAAAUAUUUCUGGUGCAAUACUGUAUAGAUACGUACAGGUUAACUUUUUUCCAGCGACCUCAAAAUGUACUGCGUGUAAAAUCACUAGGAAGUGAAACUUCCAAUUCCACAGAUUAAUCAUGGAUAUAUUUGAUAACAGCUAUCAAGGAUUAAAGGGCAUUUAUUUAUGUUACAUGCCUAAUAACAAAAUGUUAUGCAUUUGGAGUUUUGAACUGUUAGGCCAAAGCGUGGACUUUUUUGAAGGCAUAACUGGAUUUAAAAUCUAUUUGACUAUUAACUGGAUAACUUUUAGGUAAUUGAAUUGUUUUGUUUAAUAGUUACAUUAUUGUAGCUUUUUCCUCUACUUAAUAAGGUUUACGUUUGUAGAUUUUAUUUUUUUGUUAUUUUUCUUUUGGGCUACUCUUGAGAGGCACGAAGAUUUUAUUUUUUAAAAUCAGACAGUAAUGAAUUCUUUUUUUGAAAAUUUAUUUGAGAUAUAGUUUACAUACCAAAAAAUUCACUUAUUUAUAGUUCUGUGGCUUUCAAUGUAUUAAAGAGUUUUGCAACCAUCACUAUAACCUAAUUUUAGGCCAUUUCCACACCCCACAAAGAAAUCAUAUUAUAUAAGCCCUUCCCACCCUAGGCAACCACUAAUGUACUUCUGUGCUUGGGUUUGUCUGUUCUGAGCAUUUUAUGUAAGUGGAAUGUGGUUGUCUUUUAGUGGCUUUUUAAAUUAAGCAGUCCAUUUUCAAGGUUCAUCCAUGUUUUAGCAUAUAACAAUACUUCAUUAUUUAUUGCUAAGUAAUAUUCCAUUGUAUGAGUAAUACUCUAUUUUCUUUAUCCAUUCAUCCAUUGAGGGACAUUUAGGUUUUUUGCACUGUUUAAGCUAUUAUGAAUAAUGCUACUGUGAACAUUUGGGUAGAUAAUUGAGUUUUAAAACGAUUGCUUACUGUUUAUAGUUUAAAAAACAGUUCUUAAGUUUGCUUAAUUUAUUCUCAGUUAUCUUAAAGGAACAAGCAAUUCUUCCCUUUCAUGAGAUAAGAAGCAGCAACUCGAGUGACCUUUGUCUCCUAGACCCUAACCUUCCAGCGUUUCCACCAGGCUCCUAGGAUGACCUUUAAUUGGGAUCAUUUGGAGGGAUUUGUUCCAGACAGGUUCUUUGAAUCUUUCCCAAUCUGUAAACACACCUCCAGGAGACCUCAAAUCAGAGUGAAAAAACAAGGAAUGCUUCAGUUUCUUUGGAUGAUUCUUAUUCACUGACAUCUUUGUACUCCAAGACUAGAAUUAGAGUUGUCCCUUCUGUCUGAACACUCAAUAUCUGGUGCACAUCUUGGAAUCCCAGAGCCCAUCAGUGUUUUCCUGUAAAAUGCUUUCCAUUCUGUUGGGAGAAAGGGCUUUUUAUGGUUAAUUUGGAAAUAACCCAAAAAGCUACUUAGAAGGAAAAGUGGGUUUAACCACAAAAAUAGUUCAUUUAUAAAUAAAAAAGAAAGAAUACAAA